ACUAAGCAGGAAACCUUUACGCGGGCACCUACUUCCCUCCUUCCUCCAUCUUUUCUCUCUUUCCUUAACAAUAGUAGAUACUGUGUAACUUUUUCAUGAUUAACAAAGAAAUAUUUCAGAGGUGAAGUUUUAAAGUAUCGUUUUCCUGGCUGUACAGAAGACAUCAUCUGACUGACGGCUUUUAAAUAGGAGCUUUGGAGAGACUCCCAAGAACAAGACUAUACAAACACUGGCAGGGUCUGAAAAUUCAAGGAUUUAUUGUCAUUCUUCGUAAAAGUAAUUUGGCUUCCUUCUUAACCAUCAGGACAUUUCAAGGCUCGAAGAGGUGUUUUUCCAUCUAGAAAAGGUAGAUCAACCCCUGCAACCACAAUGGAACUUCAGAAGAUGAAUGGACACAGCAGAGAUGAUGGGUUUGAUGGGGUUGAUGCUUUGGCAGAGCAUGAAGAGUUUCUUCCACAUAAAACUGGUGCAAAGAAAGAAGUCCACUUCACAGAUUUUGAGGGAAAGACUUCAUUCGGCAUGUCCAUCUUUAACCUCAGCAAUGCCAUUAUGGGCAGUGGAAUUCUGGGAUUGGCGUUUGCGAUGUCCAACACCGGAAUCAUCCUUUUCCUAAUCCUGUUAGUGUCCAUUGCCAUUCUGUCUGCAUAUUCCAUUCACCUGCUGCUAAAAAGUGCUGGAGUUGUCGGCAUCCGGGCAUAUGAGCAGCUUGGGAAUCGGGCUUUUGGCCAUCCAGGAAAAAUUCUUGCUGCUUCUGUCAUAACAGUACACAACAUUGGAGCGAUGUCAAGCUAUCUCUUCAUCGUAAAGUCUGAGCUGCCACUGGUUAUUCAAGCUUUCCUUGGUAAAUCUGAAAACACAGGAGAGUGGUUCUUAAAUGGAAACUACUUGAUCAUCAUUGUUAGUGGUUGCAUCAUUCUUCCUCUAGCACUCAUGAAACAGCUUGGUUACCUUGGCUAUACAAGUGGUUUCUCCCUUUCCUGCAUGGUGUUUUUCCUUAUUUCAGUUAUAUAUAAGAAAUUCAACAUUCUAUGUCCACUCCAAGACCAACUGCAUAAUAAUACAAACCAUACUCAUCAAGACUGUGAGGCUAAACUAUUUACCAUCAAUUCUCAGACAGCAUACACCAUCCCAAUCCUGGCUUUUGCUUUUGUCUGCCAUCCAGAGGUGCUACCAAUCUACACUGAGCUACGACAAGCCACCAAGAAGCGCAUGCAGACUGUUGCCAACAUCUCCAUCCUGGCCAUGUUUAUCAUGUACCUGCUGACAGCACUUUUCGGUUACCUCACCUUUUACACUGCUGUGGAGUCAGAGCUGUUACACACCUACAGCCUAGUGGACCCCCUGGAUGUCCUGGUUCUCUGUGUGCGUCUGGCUGUGCUGGUAGCUGUCACUCUCACAGUCCCUGUGGUUCUUUUCCCGAUUCGCAGAGCCUUGCUUCAGAUUCUGUUCCCUGACAAACCUUUCAGUUGGGCCAAACACUUUGCCAUUGCACUUUGUCUCAUCUUCUUGGUCAAUCUGCUUGUUAUAUUUGUGCCCUCCAUCCGUGACAUCUUUGGCCUUAUUGGAGCCACAUCUGCCCCCAGUCUCAUUUUUAUCCUUCCUGGAAUCUUCUACAUCCGAAUUGUUCCUGAAGACCAGGAGCCUUGGAAGUCAAGACCUAAGAUUCAGGCCACAUGCUUUGCUGCUUUGGGAUUCGUCUUUAUGAUAAUGAGUUUAUCAUUUAUUAUCACUGACUGGGCCACUGGAGAGGUUCGAAGUGGAGGUGGACACUAGCAGGGCACUAGAUGCAGUGACUGAACAGUGGUAUUACAAACAAGAUGUUAACCAAAUCUCUCCCUUUAAUUAAAUUACCCCAAUCUGCUGAGUUCUCGUCCAAACCCAAACAAAAAGGUUUGGUGACCUGAGACAAAGGAUAAAUGUGAAGAACCUUCGCACACAUCGAAACAAGGAAAAUGUUUUGACAGGUGAUGGGGCAGAUAAGAAGUCCUGCAAUGGUGGAGAGAUCACCGAAUGAAUGAACCUCCUGCAGCUCAGCGUAAAGAUGCUGUUAGUGGUCAUGUGUAGAAUGUCAGAAAAAGGAUGAAUGGCAACAGCAUGACUAAAAUGGAAAUCCUAUUUUUGAGUAAGGAUGUGUACAGUUCCCGUGGAAUAGCUCAGUCACUGCCAACAUCCCUCCAAUCUACUUCCCAGAUUCUACCAGACAUGCAUUUGGUUGUUUUGUAAGGCAAUUUUUUUUUUGUUUGUUUGUUUGUUUUUUUCUAAUCAAACAAAACAGACAUGUCAGUUUGUGAGUUCUGUUGCAGUUUCAUUGUUCAUGUAAGAAUGUCACUGAAGUGUUGGUCACAUUUUCCUAAACUUUAUUGGCUCAGCUAAAUAUAAUAAGGAAAGGGUUGAUCUUCAGCUCCACACAAACCUUUUUUGUUUGAUCAAAAUACAAUUGUCAUUUUAAUGGAAUUCAGUUAUUCAGAUUUUUAUUUCUUUUUAAUCUUUUCUGUAACUUAAUAUGAUUUAAUGUAAAAGUGUUCAUCUUCAAAGCUGAGUCUGAGGUGCCCAAAAAUGCAAUUACUUGGGUGUUUUUGCUGCUGUUCAUGAAGGUUACAGACAGUUACUGACAAUCAUGUGAGUGGGCACAGAGAGGUGGUUUGCACAGGAAAAACAAAGUUUUUAUAUUAGCCUAGAUGCAAAUCAAAGAGUAUAUUUUGUUGUUUACAUUAAGAGAGAAUAUAACAAAAUGUUGUUUUAUCAUGUUCGGCAAAGCCAGAUAAAUCGAGAAUUUAAAACAUCCGGUAUUACAGAUGCUGUUUGUGCAGAUCCAGAAAAUAUUCAGCAUGUUGAAGAAUAAUCCAUCCAUAAAGUCACAUCAAUGCAACUUCCUUUCUUUGUUUUUGCCUACCAAAUUUUAAGAAAAUAUCUCAGUUCUUUGUUAUUCAGUCUGUACAUUUUUAAAUUAAUUUGAAUUUUAUCUGUCAAUAAAAUGUUACUUUUGUUGUA